AUGGCUAAUCCAGAGAAAACAGUGCUUUCCUUUACUUGCUAUUGGAUCAGCAGACCAGGUGUAGAUGGCAAGAAGUACUUACCUGCUCUCCGGAGCUUCUUCACUCAGUAUAUUGACUUGCCAUUAGCAUCACUGCACAUAUCACAGUUGCAGCAAAAAUCUGCUGCGGAAGGUAUCUAUGAAGACACAAUACAGCAUACAACAUGUCAACUUGAAUUGAAUAUGUCCACGAAACUACUCAAAACAGCAAGUGAAACUGUUAUCGGUCAGUGGUGCCUCUGUGGAUUAACAGAUUCUACACUUACUGAUAUUCUUCAGUGGCUGGAGCCUGAUCGGUCUUGUGAUUUCUGGAAUGACUUCAUUCCACAAGAAGAUGUGUCAGUAGAAUCUAUUGCAUUUGGAGCAUACAUUGGCUUUUGUACCUUUGCUGAAGUACAUAAUAUUGCCAGAAAUACAGAGGAUGGUGGCUUGACAGUGGAUUGCACAUUUAAGCACGACCAGAAACUUUUGCACAUCUACCUCACACUUCAGCACAAAUGUGGGAAGCUUAUAACCAUAAACAGACUUCUCAUGAAGUACGAUGACAUCUACCGGGUGGUCGUCAAUGCAGCAGUAGAGACUACAGAAGUCUUCCUUCAUGUGAAGACUUUUCCUCUGAUUCAUAAGCAAGUACAACUUAGCCUGGAAGACAUCUUGCUCUCACAGAGUGGUACGCCAUGUAACAACUGCGACCGAAUGAAGUUUGAAAGGACAUUGAGCAUUGGAUGCUCCUGCGUUUCUUACUUGCAUAGCGCCGACCUCGCUGGGUGUUCCGUUGUGAAGCUGUGUAUGGUCGAUGACCUUAAAGUUAGACGAGCAAUUGGCCGUCUUGGUCAGCGUUGCAGGAAAGAUGUGAAGUUUGUGUAUGCCCCUGUCAGAACAGAAAGCAUUGUAGAUUGCAUUGAAAGUGCAAAGCUCAAGGUCAUGACCACAAUGGCACCCCAUUUGCAAUUUCCAUGUCGGUAUGCACUGAAUGCACUCCUGCAGAAGAGCGCUGAUGUGCUAGCGCAGAUGAUAUUGCAGCGAGAAGAUGAUUUUAAUGCGUUGCUCACAUUCAUGCAGAAGUGUGCAAGGGCCAAUGAGAAAGCUCUUGAGCAGGCCUUUUUCGCUCUUUAUCUCUCCAUUGAAAAUGGCAGUGUCUUCACACUUCAGACAGCACUUCCAGCUCUUUUCGUGAAGUUCCACACAAGCUAUGUGCCACUAGAGAUACCGGCCAACUGCUGUUGGGUACGGCGUAUGAUUGCUACCCCAUCAAAUUUUUUGCUUCUUCCUCCCGAAGCGCAUUGCCAGAACAGGGUGCUUCGCAGUUUCGAUCCUGAGUACGCUCUGCGGGUCACGUUUCGUGACGACAAUCUUGAUUACCUCUCGCACACACUCAUGUUCAGCCAAAGCAUGGAUGAAAUCCUUGAAGCCACUGUGGCAUCUCUCCUUCGAAAAGGUGUCUGCAUUGCAGGCCGGCAUUACCAGUACCUUGGAAGCUCUGCCAGCCAGCUUCGUGACCAUGGCGUAUGGCUAUACACAAAGGAUGGAAACGGCACGUCGGCUCAAGACAUCAGAGCUUGGAUAGGCGACGUGCACCAGAUCCCAAACGUGGGCUACAAGAUGGCUCGCAUGGGCCAAUGCUUCUCGUCCACAGAGGAGACGGUCCGUGUCCCUCUGGACAGCGGGGCAAAGCAGGACGUGCCAGACAUCGUGGGCGGCAAGCAUCCACAGUCGGGGAACCCUUACAUUUUCUCCGACGGCAUUGGCAUGAUCUCAAGAUCACUUAUGGCAAAGGCAUGCGAACAGCUGGGCCUGGAAGAGCUCCCAUCAGCCAUUCAGAUCCGCUAUGCCGGCUACAAAGGUGUGCUCUGCUUGAAUCCAGAACUGUGUGGGGACCAGCUUUUGCUGCGUGAAAGCAUGAAGAAGUUCCACUGCUCGACAUCAGACAGCCUUGAAAUUGUGCAGGUGUCUGCACCACGUCCAGUGUACCUCAGUCGGCCCUUGAUCACCAUCCUGGAGCAGCUUGGAGUUCCGGCUCGCGUGUUCCUGCACCUGCAGCAGAGGAUGGUGCUUCGUCUGUGCGAUGCCUUUGUCAGUGACGAUGACGCCGUGCAGGUGCUUAGCAACCACGUCCGUCCCUCCUACCUGCCACUUGUCAAGUUUUGCAGACAAGGCCUAGUCUUGACCAGGGAACCUUUCAUUCGCUCGCUGCUUCUGGCCGUUUACAAUAGCGCGAUAACUAAUCUCAAGAGCAAGGGCCAGAUAGCAGUACCUGAGGACAGUGGACGCAAUAUGCUGGGCGUCCUGGACGAAACGGGCACUCUGGAAUAUGGCCAAGUUUUCGUCCAGUUCACAAGUUUAAAGAGCAGUGACAAAGCUUCAAGGCUCAAGCCUGUCACCAGAGUUGUUACAGGCACUGUGUUGGUGACCAAGUGCCCCUGCCUUCACCCGGGUGAUGUGCGCAAGUUUGAGGCUGUGGAUGUGCCUGCACUGCACCACAUCCAGGACUGCAUCGUAUUUCCGGCCAAAGGACACCGACCACAUCCCAACGAAAUGGCCGGUUCAGACCUGGAUGGUGAUGAGUAUGUAGUCAUAGUAGAGAAGGAUCUGCUCUUUCCACGUGACAAUGUCGAGCCCAUGGUUUUCAGCGACCAUGCAUUUAAAGCUGACACACCGCAAGACCUGGAUGAAGAAAUGAUAUCGUUCACAUGCAACUACAUCAAAAACGACAACAUUGGCAUCAUGUCCAAUGCCCACCUUGCCUGGGCUGACCAGCUACCAGAUGGGAUCUUCUCUCAACGGUGCCUAGCUCUCGCCGACAAAAUUGCGACCAGCCUGGAUUUUGCCAAAACCGGUAUCCCAGCACGUAUGGACAAAUCUGAGCAUGUGUACAGAUACCCUGAAUUCAUGGAGAAGAUGGGCAGUAAGGAUACUUAUAGAUCAUCAAGAGUCCUUGGACAGCUUUACCGACUCAACAGGGGACUUGUAAUUUCAGGCUUCUGCAGCUGUACACAGCGCAGAACACAUCACAACAUGUUUGAGUACCCCGAGUGGUGGAAGCAUAAACAAGUUGCCAGACAGGCUAAGGCUCUCUACACAGAGCUCAUGAAUCAAAUUCUUAACAGGUAUGGCAUUGCUAGUGAAGCUGAAGUUGUCACAGGUUUGCUGAGCAGCCUUUCACCAUGCCACAAGAGCAGGAAUCGCAAAUAUAACAUUGAGACUCACGUGCAGAAGCAGUUCCAAGUGCUGGUAGAGAAGGUGCGACAACGUUUCUUCCGUGAUGUUGAGUCUGUUGUCCCGGAUAGUGCUCUCUCUGGUGCAGAAAUGACAGUGGUUCUGCUGCAGAUGGCUUCUGCGUGGUACAUGGUAACAAGGAACACAGGCAACAAUGAGGAAGCUAACUGCCUAGGCUUUCCCUGGUGUAUCUCAGAUGUUUUGCUGAUGCUCUUAAAUGCAAACUCCUCAAAAGGGCUAAGCUAUCAGAUGGCUGGUAUUCUGCUGCGAGAAAUGAAUGAAAUGCUGACAAAAUGCAUGCCCGGCACACGUCCGGCCACUGCUGCACUUGAGGUAGUGCUUACAUGGGCUGCCAAAGAGGACCUGCUAAAAAUGUCAGGGUCGAAUGGCCCUGGGAUCUGUCACAAAUGCCUGUGUUCACUGUUCAAGAGUUUUGCCAGUUUCUGCAUGGCAGUGCCACCAUUGUCACCUGGGCACCGGCACAAAGAUCUAGAAAGUCAUGCAAAUUUGUUUGGUUGGCCACCCAUAACUGCUGCUGCCUAUGUGUUGGCAUUCCUGAGGUACCUUGCAAGCGCACCAGUAAUCAGCUCAUUUUGCCGCCACUGUCAGCAGCUACAUUCGCAAGCACACAUGGUCACAGUGGCUGCUCUGCGGUGCUACAGCCAACUAUUAGUUUGUGGGUCUCCGUGUCACUUGAAUCUGUCAUCGGGUCAUGACUGUCACAAAGCUGUCCAAGUGUUGGAGGAGUACGGGCCAAUUAGGGUGCAGGUGCGAAGUGCCGCAUUCUUGCGGCUAUUGAACGUGGGCAGCGGUGCUGUUCGCCUGCAGCAGACACUGCAGUGCUUGUCCGGAGCGCAAGCGGUGCGGAUCCGCUGCAGCUCGACCUUGUCUGGCGGCCGCCAGUACGCAUUCGUGUCGGCCAGGGGCCGCGACUGGCAGCUAUGGUUCCUCGAGGAGCUCCUUCUGCAGCCCUGGUUCGAGGACGCCGUCGUCAGCGGAGAGCUAGAGCACUGGUGGCAGCCACGCUGAUCUAUAUACGCUGCUGCAACUCGAUGGGUGGCAGCGGCCAUAUGUAUGUUUAGGCACCUUAGUCGGAGUGGUGGUUCUGUUUUGUUCACUUUCUUGCACUAAUAAAUAUCCUUGCUGCGA